GGAUUAUGUGGAUGUGAUAGUCAUACAUAAAAAGUACAAGCUCAACAACUUUUUAAUUAAAAAGAAAUUUCAAUGGAAGCGGGAACAUUCCUUCAAACCAACCUUCCAUUUCAAUGGAGUCUUAAUCCUAAACGCCCUCUCCCUCAUCGUCUCCAUAGAACUUUCCCGCGCUUCAUUAGGGCUUCUUCUACCUCUGCGAAUUCAGAGGGACGUUAUAGAGGGCCAAAGCCGGGAAGGGACUGGGUCGCCGAGUGGGUCUCCAAUAACGACGACGUUGUUCGGAGUUUUCCCAUUUACGCCGGAGGAUUUUCUCUCUUGGCUGUUCUACUUAACCGAACAGUUUCGGGGAUUGCUCCAGUCGCUGAUGCCAGCAGUUCACAGUCAAGGGCUGAUUUAUUGACGCUUGGAUUGGCUGUAACCAAUAUUCUUGCUGGUCUGGUAUGGCUCUCUAUCAGACCGAAACCUGUUUUUAAGGUAAAUCCUGAUGGAAUCGAAUGCCGUGUAGGUAAUCCGGAUCUCCCAAAUUCUGUAGUUUCAGAGUUACUAUGGACAUGGGAAUCUUUUUCAGAUGUUACUUGCUGCAGGUCUCUUGUUGUGGUUUACAAUGGCAGUUGUAUCCUUCAAAUUGGCUGUGCAGCUGAAUAUUUGAAAGACAAUGGAAAGGCUGUAUCUGUGGAUGCUGGUAAAUUGAUGCAAGGAUCGCUUUGUCAAGGUGUAAUGAAAUCAGGAGCUCAGAGCUACUUGGCCAACUUAUCGCUGUAUCCUGGAAAAUCGGAGCUUCCAUUUUUGCCAUCCAAUACACAGGCAGUCAUUUUGCAGCCACUUGGAGACAAAGGGAUAGCAAUAGUUGGCGGUGAUACAAUUAGGGGUUUCACGACCUCUGAUCAGGCGUGGAUAUCAUUGAUUGCGGAGAAAUUGGAUGCUACUUUGGCAAAAUGUUUCGACAACGUGGCUUUUUCUCUGCUAGAUCAAGUUUGAAAGCAAGCACAGCAAGUUUAGCGCAGGGCACUUAUUAUAUCAUAUUUAACUAUGUUUAUAAAAGGCAUAUUAUGUUGUACAGCCUUAUUAUAUGUAAAUGCUCUAUAUUAAUCUAUCAAAAGGUAGCGUAUGUUAUUAUUUAUCAUUUGUUUAUAUCGAUAUGUUACUCGGAAUAUACUGUAUUAUGUCAAACACAUGUAAAUUUAAUGCAUUUUGUAUAUAGCAUGUGCAGUUAUGAUGGAAGAAAAACAUACUGCGUAGAUUCUGUUGGCAGUUUAAACAUACCAUUUGCAUUGUGAUUUGUAUUACUUUAUUCUUUCAAUCUCUUAAAUGCAAAGUUUGCACAUGCAUACAUAACUACGCUAAUGAAUAUCUAAUAGAUUGCAUGUGGAUUUCGUGAUCAGUCCCGAUAAGAUUUAAUACAAUUAGGUCAUAUAAUCCGAAUGAAUACCGACCAAACUAUAAUUUUCCCCGUAACAUGAUGUUUAACGCUCCCACCUAUUUGUCAUUCGGAACUGCAGAUCUUUUAAGUCAAAUUCGACACCAAUGUAUAUCACAUGAUUAGCAGCAGAAGAUGCAUGCAUUGGAUAGAUUUAGUACCCAAAACAAUCUCCAAACACGGUACGAAAGAGAAGAAUAAUUCAUUUCAUAUCGUUAAAAAAUUUACAACUGUAUAAGAAUCCUGUAAUGAGUUCAUAAAUUCCUAUAUAUAUUUAUGUAAAGAAGAAAAAAAUCAGAUAGAAGAACAAAAAAUUAAAUUGAAAAAGAAUGGCUUUGUAUGACUGCUGUGUGUUUACAUAGGUGCCUGCCUACCUAGCUGGAAGCACCCCUUGCUUUGAAUUUGUUAGAGAAGAAGAGAGAGACCUCAACUCCCAAGGCAAUGAACCUGUUGCAGGGUCAGCAAAGUAGGCCAAAACAAAGUCUCUUAAUCCAGUGUCCCAAACUUCACAGAAUUGCCGUUUCCAAUUGGGUGGUUCAAUGGCUGCGGUGCCUAAGCCCGGUGCUCUAUCCUUUGAUCCCUUAUUUUGUUCCUCUUGCCAAUCAACAACAUAAGUAGCCACCCUUCGGUAGAACUUGGCUCUAAAGGUAUCCCACACCUGGUAUUUGUAGUGGUUAAUCAGGGCAAUGUUUUCAGGUACAUUCAGGUACCUAUACCCCUCCUUGAGCCUGAAGUGGUGCACUACAUUGAGAAGAGUCACGUCCAGCAAUUCAGGGCGCACAAUAGAUUUAUGUCUCUCGGGGCUUUGGAGCCGGCAAGUGUAUCCUACAGUCACCCCUUUCGGUGGGGGAGAGCUCAACCCUGAUGGUCCAAAGCUGUGGCAAGUUGUUCUUAUCUCAGCAAUUGAGGUGGAUGAGGAGAAGUUGGCCACAAGCUCUCCCAGCGAAUUCUGACCCGGAAAACCAAGUCCCUGGGGCUGCCGAAACGUGUUAGGGAGGUAGAAGAACUCAUCCACAUCAAAAAAUCCGACCCAGUUGCAUUCUUCUCUUGCUUUCAACGCACAAUGUGAGAAUCCAGCUUCCUGUGUUUUAAUCCAUGGCCAGCUUUGUCUACUCACAUUGUAUCCUUCAAGGUCAAGCUCUUGAACUACUUCUUCAAUCCCAUCAUCACUAUUGUUGUCGUAUAUGAACCAGCCCUCGAUUCCAAGCCACGCAUGGUACAUAAUCCACUCCCUCAGAGCAGGAGCUUGGUUCCACACCAUUGUACACACACAAAGCUCAUGCUUCUUCUUCUUCUUCUUCAACUCAUUUCUUCUUCUGUUUAUCUGUACACGGGAUUUAGAACUGUUAAUUCUAGCAGCGGAAGGUAAAGCAUUACGGCGUGGAUAUUUCUGAUUCCUACUGGUAUAACCAAUGGUUACACGAAUUCCCUUAGCCUUUUCUGGAUUAAUUUGAAUACUCCUAGGCAAUGGGCACCGGACAACCUCUUGUGCCGCCGUUAUCGCCGGAGUUGUAAGCACAAACCCUUCGUCUGUUUCCCCACGCUUCAACCCAAAUCGACAUCGUAACUGAGUCGGAUCGGAUUUCCGAUGGGGCCUGAGAUUCAACCCCUUAACGAACACAACAACCGUAUCUCUAUCCAGAACAGCCUCAUAAACUACCUUGUCCCAUGAAUGUACUACCCGCUUAAUAGGUGAGGAGGGCCAAUACUCGUUCACAGAGUCUCCGCGUCUCCUCAAAUCCACUGCAGCGGAGUAAUUCGCCGGAGGAUGUGGACAUCUCACAAUCGAUCGGAACUCAUCGUAGCCGUCGGUGGACAAUGCCGGUCGAACAACGAGCCCAGCUCUUCCCUCGUCAAUUAACUCCCUGGAGCCAUUGGUGGAGGAGAUGUAGUAGACGCAGUCGAGCAAGGCAGGCUGGCGAAGUCUAGCACCGGCCACCAGUAGAAGUACAUGGUCAGGGAACAAGAUUCGCUCUUCCACUCUGGAAACUCGUUGUUGUCUUCUGGUGCCAAAAGAAUCAAGGAUAGAGUUGCUGGCGGCGGAGUAGAAGAGAGUAAAGGUCGGGGAGGAGCUUAGAGCAGGUCGAAACGACGUCGGACUGAGGGGAAAACGGUCGGAGGACAAGAAGAGAAGGAAGACAAAGAAGGAGAGGCAUACGACUAGAGAUCUCACUGAGCAGAACUUUGGCGGAAGGUAAGGCUUACCUAAACGCUUUCUCUUCCGCCGUUGCUCGGAAUCCAUAACAAGUAGUUUUUUUACUAGUCUGAGCUUAAAAAGGCAGAAGAGCCAAAACGGUAUGAUAUAAAAAAUAUUAUAUAUAUAUAUAUAUAUAAUUGUUGAAUAUUGGGAGGUGGUUGAAAGGAGUAUGAAAUGGAAAAUGGAAACGUGGUGCAGAUCUGGAACCGACAAAGUUGGAAGGUGUGUGAGAUUAUUCCGAUAUGCGUGAGGGAGUGGCGAAUGGGGAGAGAGGAGAGAUAUAGGACGCGUUGUUUGGAGCCGUCAAAUGAGAGUGAGAGAGAGAGAGAGAGAGAGAGAGAAGGAAGGAACGAAGGGGAGGCUGCAGCCGUUCCGUGUUAAUUAGUUUUAGUAUU